GACGGUGUUAGUAUGUGGUUAGUGAACUGAAAUGGCUAGUCGAGCUGCCAGUGUCGUUCGUCAAGUGAAACCAAUUUUAUCUUUAAAUCGAGACGAUGCACGUCGAAAAGUUCUUAAGUUGUACAAAGCAUGGAUCCGUCAAGUACCAAUCUCAAAGUUAGUUUAUGAUAUUCCCAAAAAUGAAGCGGCUUGUAAACAAAAGAUACGUGAGGAGUUUAAGCGCCAUGCUCAUCUUACUGAUUUACGGAUUAUAGACAAAGUUAUUAUAAGGGGUCAAAUGGAGUUGCAAGAGGUAGCUAACAUAUGGAAACCUAAAGGAGCACUUAUGCAUUACUGGAAGGAAACAUGGGAAAAAAAGCCAACUGAUUUCAUGUCAAAAUUUCUCAGUGGCCAGAAUUAAUUUAUUCUGCCCUUACUAGGUAUAUUGCAGAAAUAUGUAAUUGUAUAAUAAUAUAUGUAUUGUCAUGUAUAAAUGUAUGAGAGUUUCAGUUAACUUAGAUAGGUGGAUAUUAAUAAAAUUAUUUA